UGCUAAACACGAGGGUGUAAACACAGAGUUAGAGAAAGAAACUAAAGGUUAAAGGGGCACCAAGCACUGAUCUUCAGGUAGGAAGACAGCUAAAUUUGCAAAUUGUAGUUGAAUUAGCAUGACAUCACCGUACUUUAGUUCAAGGCCAGCAAGAAGUGCUGCAGCAAAAGCAGCAAGAGCUCUUUCUGGCUUGGGCUCUGUUAGAAAAACUGCUGCAAAACCUGCUGCUGAAAGAAAGCAAAAGAAAAGGGAGCAUGUUAAAGUUGAAUAUGAUGAUGUUCAAGUUAAGGAGGAAGUCUUGCCUGAUAUUUCAUCAGAAGUGUUACAAGUGAAUAAUGACAUAAAAGACAAAGUUGUCAGUCCAGGUAAAAGAAGAAAUAGCUCCCCAAAGAAAUCAGACCUUAAGAAAGAGAAACUGGAUGAAGAUACUUGGGAACCUGCUAACUGGAGAGAAUUAUUAAAGAAUAUCAAGCUAAUGAGAGAAGAUGAGACUGCCCCUGUUGAUUCUCAAGGCUGUGAAAGAACAGCAGAUGAGUCUGAAUCCCCCCAGAUAGUUCGUUAUCAAAUUCUUGUUUCACUGAUGCUGUCAGCUCAGACAAAGGAUCAGGUAACUUUUGCAGCAAUGGAAAGACUUAAAGAGCAUGGACUAACAAUUCCAAACAUUAUCAAUACAAAAGAAGACAAGGUUGGCCAGCUGAUAUACCCUGUGGGGUUUUGGAAGAGAAAAGCUAUCUUCAUCAAACAAGCAACUGAAAUUUGCAGGGAUAAAUAUGAUGGAGAUAUUCCAGAUACACUUGAAGGCCUAUUAGCUUUACCUGGUGUUGGACCUAAAAUGGGACAUAUUUGCAUGCAUGCUGCAUGGAACAAGAUGACUGGUAUCGGUGUGGAUACACAUGUGCAUAGAAUCAGUAAUCGCCUAGGCUGGGUGAAGAAGCCAACAAAAACCCCAGAAGAUACUAGAAAAGCUUUGGAGGCAUGGCUACCAAGAGAGGAGUGGGAAAUAAUAAACAUUCUGCUGGUUGGUUUUGGCCAGCAAACCUGUCUGCCUGUUGGUCCAAGAUGCACAGGUUGCCUUAACAACAAAAUCUGUCCUUAUGGUAAGUCGGCCAUGAGUGGAAGAAAACCAAAGAAACAAGAGUGAAGGAAUGGAGAUACGGUAAAUACUAUGGUUUAGAACCCUCUUAUUGUUACCAUUUUAAUGGAAAAUUGUUCUAAGGCUCUCUUUCAUCUCAAGUGAAAUCUUUAAACCAAGACUAGAAGUCUUUUCAACGGAUAAUAAACUCAGUGGCUGUGAGCAACCGAAGACUAAAUCGCAAUUACUUGGGCUCUUAAUACACACCCUUGAGAAGUUUUCACAUGCACCGUGGAACACUGUGAUUGUUUAAAUCUCAUUUCAAAGCAGCUGUUUUUUUUCAAAGAAGAUGAUUAAUGCAAUGUCGCUAAAUCAAGUACUUAUAAAGCAAUCAAAUAAAAACAUUGGAUUGUUUUUAGGUCGAAUGUAGAAGGUUUUAGAUUUUAAUGUAUUUCUGUAAUGUAUCGAGUUUUGUUUAAUGUAAUCAUGUAUAUAGCAAAUAUUCUAGCCAGAUCGUCUGUAUAUAAACCUGAAUUAUUGUGUUUGAUAGCAACCCAGUUCCUUUGACGAUGUUCUUUUUAGAAAAGCAAUAUUUUUAUUCGCAAUAGGACAAAAUGUAUUUAAAUCGCAAUCUUGUCACUAAACGACUUUCUUUCUGAUUUUCUUGUGAUUAACAAGUAAUUUCAGACAAUUUUGAGCUCGUAUUUUUAGACUCUUGAUGUCGAAUUUCAGACUAUUUUUUCAAACUCAUGUUUUACAUUGAACCAAAAUUCUGACCUCCUCCCUAUGUCACUGCGUGGAUCCCUUGUAUUAAAGACUCGAUUGAUUAAAAGCAACGUCACAGGACCCCUUUGUGUUGGUUUUUUAAUUGCUUUAUCAAACCUGACUAUAUUAUGAAUGACACAGCAAAACAGAAACAGCUUACCAGCAUUCUCAAAAUAGGGUUUGCUUUUCCAAUCAAUGGCUUGAGCAGUAUUGUUUUUGACCGUUAAUAAAAGAGCUUUGAUUUUGCAAUGAAUUUGUUUAUCGCAAACACAGAAUGAUAGAAUAAUUAUAUGUUUAGGUAUAUGAAUGAAAACAUUGCAAUAUAAGCCUGCAAGCACGAAGCUGUUGCUACUAGUUACUCGGGUUUUUACUUUUUUAUGGAGUAUUUUGAAAGGUUGCCUUGUGUAAAAUCAAAUGUAAAAUUAACUUGGUUACAAAAUGUUUAGUUACUCUAGCGAGCAGUCCGGUUAAUACAAGACUUGCCUUCAACACAAUAAAGAAUAGUGACAUUUUUUGUUGAAUAUAAUGUACAGCGUCCCGUCUCGUUUUUAUUAGUCCUUGUUCAUUCUUUUAUUAUUGUAUUUGUGUAACUAAUUGUUUUUUAAAAGGUUCUAAUAUUUUUAUGUUAAACAUUUAAAGGAUGUUUUGUUGAGUUUGCUAGCACUGUAAAACACUCAGUAUGUUUUGUUGAAUUUAUGAAAAUUGUAAAUGACUUUGUUUUUGUUUCUGUUUUU